CAUCCAUGUUGUUGGAGGCUCUGCACGAAAAAAAAUCGAAACUAGGUGGUCUAUCCCAGGGGAAAGCACAUCAAUGUUGCAAGUUUGCACCCGCAAAAACAUCUUUCGAGCAGAAAUUGCAGCUGGUCGCGAGAUGUUUUUUAAUCACCUAAAAAACAUGAAGCAUAUUUAUAGGUUGCGAUCGGAGUCAGACGUCCAGGAGACGCAUGCUUCUUUAGAUCGAAGCAGGAAAAAUUGUGCGUGUUUCCUGGUGGACUUCAAAAGUAACGCUAAUGUCACCAUGUCGUAAGAGAAACACGAGGAACCUCUAAGGAUUUUCUUCUACGUCACCAUUGGGAACCAGUUUAAGCAAUUGGACUACGGGGCCCAGAUCGCCGCAUUGAAUUGCUCAGGGAGAGGGACAAACAUUUCUUCUGAUGGUCAUUUUUGGCUGUCCGCCAGGCCGCGCCACUGCUGUUUCCUUUUCUCAACCCGCCCGAGCAAGUUCGUCCUGCACGUCGUUAGGGUGGUCAGGGUGAUUGCGUUUUUAGGAUACUGUUAAUAGCUUGCUUUAUUUUUUCUAGCGAGGAUGAUCUUAAUCCAGUGAGGGUCUUUCCACACUUGAAUGACGAAAAAACCUAGCCUCAGUCAACGACGUUACCACUAGGGUAUCAGGGCAGGCUAUUCCUGCCGCGCGUCGGAGGAGGGAGUAGCGCCGAGGCCCGCUCGAGCUAGUCAUCAUGUGUUAUAUUGAUUUGGAGGCAUGAUGCUCUAAUAUGUGCACCUGACAUACACUUACACGUAGUAGAAAGAGGGCAUCUGAUUGGGUAGAAAGAGUGAUAGGGUAUAACUUGCAAUUCGGUGGUAAGCUUUCCCUGCGAUCAUCCGAGCAAGGACCACCAACUUAUCCGAAGGAAAAUUCUGCUUGUCCACCUCCGCUUUACACCUACUUCGUGUUCUUCUCGUCGGGCAGCUCUCUUGCAUUUUCUUCGGGAACCUUCCGUUCUGAUCAGGUUCAGGGAUGUGCAGUUACACAAACAAUUGAGGAAAAUAAUAUUGUCUUGCUGCCGUGCCAAGAAACUAAGUAACACUACCUAGUACUUACGUACAACUACGUGCAUGUGCAUUCCCAGCUGGUCGCCCAAGACAUCGACCAUUUCGUUUGCUGACCUCCUCUGCUCCUGGAACUUCUCCUGGUAUGAGAAGUUUUGGUAGAAGGAGUGUGACUCAAUUUCCCACUCCUUUGGGUCAUUCGCUCCCCCGCGCAUCACCACCCGACCCGGAUCACCAUCCCACAGCCCCUGCAUCACCUCCCCGCCUCCCCCCACAUCAUCACCGCAACGGGCGGAGCCGGAGGUGAGGCAGAGCCGGCGAGGGACUUGGUGUUUUAGUCUUAGGGCCUAGGGCUUAGGGUUCGCCGAGCGUCGCGCCGGCUCGCCGGCUCGCCUCGACUAUAGAUGCCCCGCUUUCCGCGUUGCAGCCUCUCUACCCUUUCCUUCCCUGCCUGCUUGCCUUGGCUCUUCUCUUUCUUCUCUUGUCUCCUUUGCGCCUUUUGGACCCCCCAUGGCUGUCGUGCCCCCGGUGCGUUUUCAGUGCUGUGUUUCGUUAGUACUUAAAUAAUACUCCGCGUCCGCGCCCCGUGUGUCGUUUCAUGUCACCACUAGAAGUGCGUUCACGCGCUCUGCUUUUCUGCGCGCACCAUCAGAAGUGCGCUGAAUCCUGAGGGUAUGCUAUGCUAUAUGCUAUGCUAUGUCCACCCUCCUAGGCCACACUGCCGCCAGAUGCAUGGUGGCCACUUAGAUGGGCGGUAGGCCCGCGGAGCGCAGCUCCGGGCGGCAGGGCAUUGCGUGCAGCCGGUGGUG